AUGGCAACCCGUUCCCGGAGCACCGCUCGUCCCCCGUCCCCUCUUGAUCAAGGAGAGUUGGGACCCGCUAUUUUGGCAACCGCUGAUGAGCCAACAAGCCUUGAACCCAAGGUCUAUGGGGAAAUCUCCCUCAGCCACGCAAUCUCCCUCCUCCUGGGAUUGCAAAACCAAGUCUUCCGGCUUGAACAGGAACUCAAGGAACAAAAAGAAGCCACAAAAGAAGCCCAAGACUGGAUGGGAGCAGUCAACCAAGCCCUCACUUGCAUUGAGGCUAGGGGUGGAACCCCACACACACCAGAAGACCGGAAACCUCCGGCAAUCAAGGCCACGCCCAGGCCCCUACCCAAAACCGACCCUCUUCCAGCGCCUAGCGCGCCCCUUGUUGCCUGGGCUAACCCCACAAAGGCUCCCCCCGUCUUUGCACAACCAAUGCCCGUCCAAGCUCCCCCGCAAGUCCAUACUCCCCCUGCACCUACGCCUAUCCAGCUCCAAUCCCCCAAGUCCCACAACCAGUGGCCCCUGUAG